UUAGAUUCACUUUCCAUCGACGCGUUCCUGGAUGGUCGGAAACCAGUUUGUGCUGUUUGCAUCUGCAUAUGACAUCGUUAACCGCCGCUGCCUUGUAUCCGAAUCGAAUCAAUUGCUUUGCAUCUUACCCUCUUUUUUUGCGACAUGGAGCCUCUAUCGCUCUCUACCAGAGGGCUCCUGCGGAGGAGAUCCCUAUGCCCAUCCUGCUUCCGUCGCCAUCUAUUUCAAUCCCGCUCUUUCGCCCGUCCUUCGCGCAUUGCGCCACAAUAUCCCUCCGCCAAUUCGGGUAUCCGGAGCAGACACUUCCACCGAAAUGAGCGUGGUCCAGAAGAGGAAGUAGAAGAGGAAGCCACCAGGCAGGCCUUUCCUCAAGGGAGCUAUUAUGCGGAGAUGCUCGCUUCGCCGCAUCCAUCCAGUCGCAGAGCCGUCACUACGAGGAAAAUCGAACCUCCACAGAAGAAACCCACGCCCUCUUCGACGACCGAACCGCAGUCUCCGCGCGAUCGAAUGGCCAUUGUCUUCGGUUCUCGACUCGCUGGUCCGGGCCGUUCAUCCCGCUACAACCCGGCGACUACGCCGCCAGAAUCCACAUGGAAGACUGUCAACGGCGUCCCUAUACCGCCUCGUCCGGUGGAACCUGAUAACUGCUGCAUGAGCGGCUGUGCGCAUUGCGUGUGGGAUGAUUUCCGCGAUGAUAUGGAACAGUGGGCAGCGAGGGUGGAAGAGGCGUAUGCUAGGGCCAAGGCAAAGGGGCCUGAGAAGGAUCUGCGCCAGAUGCAAAGACCCGAGGUUCGGAGCGCGAGCGUCAGUAUGGACGAUGAUGGAGGUGGUAGUGAGACAAAUUGGAACCUUCCCUCAGCUACGGAUGAAGAGGAACUCUUCGGUGGUAUACCGGUUGGGAUUCGGGAGUUCAUGAGGACCGAGAAGAAGCUGCGCGAAAAGCAUAAGGCGCAACAGCAAACUGCUUAAGUUCGAUUUUACAGGCGAUGCCGCCGUGUAUGACUGAAAUCUUUCAAAGGAAUAAAAAAACAAGAAAAAAAAAUAGAGAUUCCGGUUAGAUCCUAAUCUUUUGUUUGUCGUGUACUAUUAGUUUCUAGCGAUUGCAUGAUGUGUUGCAUAAUAGAUUUCAGGGUCAUGAAACAGAGAGUUUAUAUAUCUGAGCCAUAUACCAAUUAGAGAUUGAAUGCAAGUUAUAGUGUAUUUCUUCA